UGCGUGCCGCGGGGGAUGCCGGGAGCGCGCAGUGGCGGCAGCGGUGGCGACGGCAGUCUAGGCGGCGGCAGCGGCGACUCGAGCGGGGACGCGAGCCGGGCGGUGACCGUGUGGGAAGUGGUCUCGCUCUUGGGGAAGCUGCUGGGCACGGUCGCCGCACUGAAGGCGGCUCUGUACCUGCUCCGGGUGUGCCUAGCGAUGGCCUGGAAAUCCGGCGGCGCCAGCCACUCGGAGCUGAUCCACAACCUCCGCAAAAAUGGAAUCAUCAAGAAUGAUAAAGUAUUUGAAGUAAUGCUGGCCACAGACCGCUCCCACUAUGCAAAAUGUAACCCUUACAUGGAUUCUCCACAAUCAAUAGGUUUCCAAGCAACAAUCAGUGCCCCACACAUGCAUGCAUAUGCAUUAGAACUUCUGUUUGAUCAGUUGCAUGAGGGAGCGAAAGCGCUCGAUGUAGGAUCUGGCAGUGGAAUCCUUACAGCAUGUUUUGCACGUAUGGUUGGACCUAGUGGAAAAGUCAUAGGAAUUGACCACAUCAAAGAGCUAGUAGAUGACUCAAUAAACAAUGUCAAAAAGGAUGACCCAACACUUCUGUCUUCCGGGAGAGUGCAAUUGGUUGUGGGGGACGGAAGAAUGGGCUAUGCUGCUGAAGCUCCGUAUGACGCCAUUCAUGUGGGAGCUGCAGCCCCGGUUGUGCCCCAGGCACUAAUAGACCAGUUAAAGCCUGGUGGAAGAUUGAUACUGCCCGUUGGUCCUGCGGGUGGAAACCAAAUGUUGGAGCAAUAUGACAAGCUACAGGAUGGCAGCGUGAAGAUGAAGCCUCUCAUGGGAGUGAUAUACGUGCCUUUAACAGAUAAAGACAAGCAGUGGUCCAGGACUUCCAGUGCUAUGUUGAAUAAAAGUGAGAAUGGCCAUCCUUGUCUUGUUCCUGAUCUUACAGGGAAAGCUUUCAGCUUUUCACCGUUGAGUCUGAUGUUAGCUGGGGCUUGUCAUAUGUGGCCUUUAUUAUAUUGAGGGAUGAACUGUAAAAGCAACAUCAACUUGACCGGUAUAUAAUAUUACAGUGGAUCGCUCAUCUUGGUCCUCAAAGCUUUUUGAAAACCAUCAGCAUCACAGCUUGUUUUGGACUUUGUUUCACUGUUAUUUUCCGCAUGAAAGUGUGUGGUUUUAUAGAGUUUCGAAUUAUUCAAAGAGGCAUAGAAGCCAGUUGGUUAGAAGAAGGAUGCAAAGCAUAAAUUUGUGUAUUACUACUUUAACACACCCACGUUUUGCUUUUAAAAUAUUAAAAGAAGAGUUUCUGCGAAACGGAAAUGUAUAGUUUGUGAAUUGAUUCCUGAGGACUGCUUUUUCUAUUUAGACACUUCAUUCUUCAGAUGUCAACUUACCAGGUUGCUUUUGUGCAUCGGAUAACACACCAUUCACAACUUCCGAUUCUUCGGUUUUGAAUGUCUCUUAGAUGCUAUUAAGAAAAUAGAGAUGAGCUUCCUUUUAAAAGCUUUUGAUGUGGUGUCAUAUAAUAGCAUGUUGUAGAUACAGUCAGCUGCUUUGUUACCUAAAGAUUUAGCAUUUGUAAAUAUUAAAGUGGCAGGUGGUAUCCAUGAACCUACUCAGCUGUUCAGAUGGGACAUAACUGACAUAGUCAUCCCUUCUCUCUUUAAACGUUGUAGGAGUCCUGUAGCUCAGUUUUUCUUUUCUGUUUUGAAUUUGCUGCUGAUAAUGUAUAUGAAUUUAACCUGCUGUGUAAGCUGUGUCCUAGGUACUGAACAGUUUAUGCAGUGCUGCUUUGCCAAAUAAAAGUUCGAAGUGAAAGAGG